AUGUUGAGCAAUGAAGAUGAUAGGCUCAUGAUUGUGGAAGCUAUUUGGGACUACAAUGAAUUCUUUCAACAACGAUUUCAUGGAGCAAUCACCCACAAGAGGACCGACUUGGAAACAAUGAACUGUCCACGUUCUUGUUUGCACGAUCAGACUAUGGAGCUAAAUAGCAAUGAUGAAAACGCUGAUGACAAACAAGCAAGACAACAACAAAAUUUGGCAAUUUCGGAAUUGUUUUUCUAUGCAUAUUCCCACAAGUACAUACGCACCCAGCUCAAAGAAUCAUUAUCUACAAUUUCAUCUUUUGGAGAUAAUCCUAUUUGUAACAGUUGUGCUGAUGAUAAUGAAACUUCCAAUGCUUCAAAACAAGAAAUAGAAAGAGAGGUCCAUCGAAUUUUUACGCAUCAAGAUUCAUUUACAUUGCCUCUUCUCGAAAAGGUGGUGAAAUCGAACAAAAUUGUAUGCAUGUUUCUUCCUAUUUUCAAUACGAAUAGCGUUCUAUUUAAUGAAUGCUUCAUUGAAAGAUUGAAAGCGAAUUACUCGACAAUAUUUGAUAUUUAUUGUACAAGGGAGACAGGAAUGGUUUAUAUGAUGAAAGAUUCAAAUUUGAUCGAAAGAAACAACCAGAAUCAACAAGAAAUGUUGCAUGAUUGCAAUUCGUUUUACAGACAACAAUUGAAAAUGAUGAAAGAGAACUAUGAAUGGAGAGUUAUUGAGGAUCACAAUGUUUCUGCCUCUGUCUGUAACAACGACAAAAAAACAACAAAUUUUAGAGUUUUUGCACAAAUUUCUCCUCAACUAAUUCUAAAGACAGCCACAGACUCGUUCAAUGAUUUUUGUCACUUUUAUUCAAUUGCUGCAGAGUUUGCUACAGGAAUGUAUUUAACAGAGAGUAGUAUAAAAGCAUUAAGCAGAGUGUAUUCAAAUCAAAUUGAGAAGGAGAGACGAGGGGAAUUUCCAGUAAUAUCGGAUCAUGUGAUUAUUAUUGAGAAUGGAAAAGCAGCAAGUAUUGGAAUGAUUGUAUAUUCUAAAGCACUAAAUGAACGAUUACAAAACAAUGGGAUUGCGACAUCAAACGACCACCAUGAUUAUGCGAGUAUAUAUUCAAUAGCAACCAGGGAAAAAUUCAGAGGAAAAGGUUAUGCCACCAUGAUUGUCAUCACAUUGCUGGAACUUGCAAAAAGGAGGGGAUACACCAAAGUUAUUUUGCACGCAUCAGAGCAAGGGUGUGGGCUUUAUUCAAAGCUUGGAUUUGAAAAGAAAAUGCAAAUAGAUGUUUGUUCUGUUGCCUUACUGUCCACAGAAAAGUAG